AUGGUAUUGGAAGCUACAAUGAUAAUUCUGGACAAUUCAGAGUUUAUGCGUAAUGGAGACUAUCUUCCAUCGCGUUUUUCUGCUCAAUUAGACUCGGUUGAUUUUAUUUUUCAUGCAAAGACCAAUUCUAACCCAGAAAAUACUGUCGGCCUCAUGUCGAUGGGUGGUGAUGGACCUCAAGUACUCACAACUCUCACAGCCGAUUUUGGUCGUAUAUUGGCGGGUAUACAUGAUACAAAGAUUUCCAAAGGUAUACAUUUCAGUACAGGCAUUCAAGUUGCUCUCUUAGCCCUGAAACACAGACAGAACAAGGUCCACCACCAGCGCAUCAUAGUUUUUGUGGGCUCACCCAUCGAUGAGGAUGAAAAAGAACUAGAAAAGCUAGCUAAGCGACUGAAGAAAAAUAGUGUUGCCAUUGACCUUAUUAACUUUGGAGAACAUGAAGUAAAUACUUCCAAGCUCGAAAGGUUCAUCGCAAUCGUAAACAAUCACGACAACUCGCACCUUGUAACGAUUCCACAAGGCCCCAAGUUGCUAUAUGAAUCAAUCCAGUAUUCACCAAUGUUUGCAGAAGAAGGAUCCUCUACUGGUUUUGCUACUGCAAAUGGAGAAGACUUCGAUUUUGGCGCAGAUCCCAAUGUCGAUCCAGAGCUGGCCCUAGCCCUCCGUUUGUCACUUGAAGAAGAGAGAUCUCGACAAGCACGAGAGAGGGAAAGACAAGAAACAAAAUCUACCUUACCCAAACUUGACGAGGGCGAUGGCCAUGACGACGGUGAUGGAGAUUCCAAAAUGCAAGAUAAAUAG